AGCAGGGGGAAGCUGCAGGGUUGGGUAUCAGCAUUUCCUGGGACAUACCUGACUGAAGACAGAUUUCUGAGCAGAAGUUUAGAGCAGACCCCAAACACACCAAGACAGAGCCUCCCAGUUGCCAGCUCUUUUCAGAGAACAGAAGAACAUGCUCCAGGCUCAGGAAUCCCUGACAUUUCACGAUGUGGCUGUGGAGUUCACCUCGGAGGAGUGGCAGCUCCUGGACCCUGAUCAGAAGGACCUGUACAGGGACGUGAUGAUGGAGACCUACAGCCACCUAAUGGCCCUGGGAUAUCAAGCCCCCAAACCAGACGCGCUCUCCAAAUUAGAACGAGGGGAGGAACUGUGGAUAGUACAGGAUGAACUCCACUGUCCAGUCUUUCCAGAGCUCAAGCAAGUUGACGAUCCUCUGCAUUAUCACUUGCAAAAUCGAAGCCUUCAGAAUAGUGUGGAACAAUGCUGUGAACAUAAUAUAUCUACAAAUGUUAACCAAAGUGAAGGUCAUUUCCUAUUAAAGCAAAAUCAUGAUAUGUUUGAGAUUUGUGAGAAACCUUUAAAAUCAAAUGUAUGUUUUGAAAACCAAAACAGAAGCUGUAACUUAACUAAUUCUGUUGAGUUGAAUGGAGAUGGGACAGGCAUUCUUGGCAACCAUGAACAAUUUGACACUGAAAUUAAAUUUCCUGUCAAUAUGAAAAACAUCAAUAACAAUGCCCAGGUUAUAAAGCAACAGAGAACUCACGACCUAGAGAAAGCCCACGUAUGUAUUGAAUGUGGGAAAGCCUUCAUCAAGAUAUCUCAGCUCAUUCAGCAUCAGAGAGAUCAUAUUAGAGAGAAAUCUUAUGGAUGCAGUCUGUGUGGAAAAGCCUUCUCCAGAAAAUCCAGGCUCACUGAACAUCACAGAAUUCAUACAAGACUGAAACAGUAUGAAUGCACUGAAUGUGACGAAACAUUCCUCAAGAAAUCACAGCUCAGUAUACAUCAGAAAACUCAGAUGAGCGAGAAGCCUUAUAUUUGUGGUGAAUGUGGGAAAGUGUUCAAAAAGAGGCACCUCAUUUAUCAUCAGCAGACUCAUACAGGAGCGAGACCUCAUGAAUGCAGUCUGUGUGGCAAGACCUUCUCUACAAAGUCUAAUCUGAAGAAACAUGAAAAAACUCAUGUAAGAGAAAGACCUUAUAUAUGCAAUGAAUGUGGAAAGGGCUUCAUCCAGAAGUGUCGUUUUAUUGCACAUUAUCGAACUCAUACAGGAGAGAAACCGUAUUUAUGUAACGUGUGUGGGAAAGGCUUUGCUGUUAUGUACACUCUUACCAUACAUCAGCAAACUCAUACAGGAGAGAAACCCCAUGGAUGCAGUCUAUGUGGGAAGACCUUCUCUACAAAGUCUAAUCUCAGUAAACAUGAGAAAAUUCAUACAAGAGAGAAACCUUAUAUAUGCAGUGAAUGUGGAAAAGGCUUCAUCCAGAAGUGUCACCUUGUUGAACAUCAUCGAACUCAUACAGGAGAGAAACCAUAUAUAUGUAAUGAGUGUGGCAAAGACUUUGCCUUGAUGAACAGUCUUACCAGACAUCAGCAAACUCAUACAGGAGAGAAACCUUACAUAUGUAAUGAGUGUAAGAAAGGCUUCAGCAGAAAGAGCCUUCUCUUUGAACAUCAGCGAACACAUACAGGGGAGAAGCCAUAUGUAUGUAAUGUAUGUGGAAAAGGCUUCACCAUGAAGGGUAAUCUCAAUGUACAUCAGCGAAUUCAUACUUUAGAGAAACCGUAUAUGUGCAAUGAAUGUGGGAAAGGCUUCACUGUGAACAGUUCUCUGAUUUUACAUCAACGAACUCACACAGGAGAAAAACCCUAUGUAUGUAGUGAAUGUGGGAAAGGCUUUCCUGUGAAUAGUUCUCUGAUUUUACAUCAGCGAAUUCACACAGGGGAAAAACCCUAUGUGUGCAGUGAAUGUGGGAAAGGAUUCACUGUGAAACGUUCUCUGAUUUUACAUCAGCGAACUCACACAGGAGAGAAAACCUAUGUAUGUAGUGAAUGUGGAAAAGGUUUUCCAGCGAAGAUGCAGCUGCUUUUACAUCAGCGGUCUCAUACAAGAGAGAAACCAUAUAUGUGUAAUGAGUGUGGGAAAGGCUUCACCACGAUGAACCAUCUCACCACACAUCAGCGAACUCAUACAGGAGAGAAACCCUACAUAUGUAAUGAGUGUGGGAAAGACUUCACCAGGAAGGGUUUUCUCAUCAAACAUCAGCUAACACAUACAGGGGAGAAACCCUUUGUAUGUAGUAUAUGUGGAAAAGGCUUCACCGUUAAGAGUAGUCUCACUGUGCAUCAGCGAAUUCAUACUUUAGAGAAACCAUAUACUUGCAAUCAAUGUGGGAAAGGCUUUACUGUGAAGAGUUCUUUGAUUUUACAUCAGCGAACUCACACAGGAGAGAGAAACCCCAUGUAUGCAGUGAAUGUGGAAAAGGCUUCUCAAGAAAGAUGCAGCUGAUUUUACAUCAACGGUUUCAUACAGGAGAGAGACCUUAUGUAUGUAGUGAAUGCGGGAAAGGUUUUACAGCGAAGAGUCAUCUCAUCAGACAUCAGCAAAAAAUAUAUAGGAGGGGAGCCCUAUGUGUGUAAUGGGUAUA